AUGCGUCUCUCUGCGACUCUCAUCUGCGCAGUGACAUGCGGUAUUGCUGCAGCUAGUGCUGAUAAUUGGAAAUCACAGCAAUUCAAGAGUCUGGUAACAUUUGGAGACAGCUAUACUGAUGAGAGCCGGUUGCAAUACUUUGAGGAUAACGACGGCUCUCCACCGCCGCCGACAUGGGUUGAACCCGCCAACAACGAUACUGCCUCUGGCGGCUACACGUGGGCUAGAUAUGUUGCCAACUCCACCCAAAUAAACUUGUAUGAUUAUGCUGUCAGGGGUGCAGUAUGCUCAAACACACUCACUCCACGACGACUCAAUUCGAUACACAGUGAUUAUCCAUCUGUGCUGGAAUACGAGGUGCCUGCGUUUCUUGCAAGCAGCCAAGCCCGGACCAGUGAUAACCAGUCAUUCUUGGACAUCCCACCCUCGGCCACUAUCUAUUCUAUCUGGAUUGGGACGAAUGAUUUGGGUAUUGAUGCCUUCCUAACAGACUCUCAGGUCUCGGGGAAGACAAUACCUGAUUACAUAGAAUGUGUUUUUAGUGCGUUAGACCAGGUCUAUGAGAAUGGGGGCCGGUUCUUUAUUAUUCAGAAUGUCAGUCCCCUCCAACUCACUCCACUGUACUCCACACCGGAAAGAGGUGGUGUCUAUGGAUCUCAAUACCCGUCAAAGGCCACAAACGUCACCGAAACUUCGUACAGGAUGUGGGAGGCUGUGGCUACUGUCAACAGCAUCUACAAAUACAAAACUCCUUUUGAAGUCUUGGUUCAGAAACGCUACCCCGACGCCAACUUUGCAGUGAUGGAUAUGUACAGUAUUCUCGAAGAUAUAUACUAUAACCCCGAUCAAUACUUAGCAUCUCCAGCAAACGUAACUGGCUUUAUUGACCAGUGUAAUUCACAUGGAUGCACGCGUCUACCAAACCAGGAUUCGUUUAUGUGGUUUAAUUCACUGCACCCUUCAACUAAGACUGAUUCUAUUAUUGCCCAGCGCUUUGUCGAGGUUUUCAAGGGUGAGAGCAAGUAUGCCGAUUAUUGGAAUUGA